AUGGAGAACUUCAUCCUGUACGAGGAGCUAGGGGCUGGCUGCAACUCUAUUGUAUAUAAAGGAAGAAGGAAAGGCAAUCUCAACUAUGUGGCCAUCAUCUGCACUGACAAAACAAAGAGACCGGAGAUUACUAAUCAUGUACGCCUAAGCCAUGAUUUGGAUCAUCCAAAUAUCAUACACUUCUAUGAGUGGUAUGAAACAAGUAAACAUCUCUGGUUGGUUGUGGAGCUCUGCACUGGUGGUUCCUUGGAGUCUGUAGUUUCUCAUGAUGGCAGUCUGUCAGAAGAUGUAGUAAGGAGGUUUGGAUGGGACUUGGUGAAAGGACUGAGACACAUUCAUGAAUUUGGUAUUAUUCUUUCUGACCUGACCCCUGCUAAGAUCCUUCUAGAUGGUAGUGGCAUUCUGAAGUUCGGCAACUUCUGUCUGUCAAAGGCUGAGGGAGAGACACUGGACGAUAUGUUUAAGUUGCUCUCAACAACUGAGGUGGCAGUGGACGGAGAAAGCAAGGACAACAUGAAAAAGAGAUUACAGGGUUCUCCAACCUACAGUGCUCCAGAGGUUUUGCAGGGAUCAGAAACCAGUAUAAGCUCUGAUCUCUGGGCUCUGGGCUGCAUCCUCUACUAUAUGUACACGGAUCCCCCCAGUCAGGACUUCCAGAAACUUCUUAAAGGCUUAUUGAACAAAAAAACAGAUAAGAGGAUGAAGUGGCCAGAGUUGUUGGAUCACCCUUUCUGGACACAAUUAAUAAAGGAGGAAGCAGCCAGAGAUGCUGAAGGACAGGUUGAAGACAGAGAUAAGGAACAAAACGAUGCCUGUGAGGGAGUUAGCUCAGUAAAUUUAAGAGACACAAGACAGUGUGACCGUGCUCUACCUGGUAGCCAAUUAGUCACCACCCAGCCAGGCUAUAGGCUGUCUAAGAAACUGAUCUCUUCAAAAACAACCAGUGCAGCAGCGUACAGUGCACAUGGCACAGAGACUCAAUGCCAAAAAUCAGCCAAAAAUAGUUCUUCUGGUACCCUAAAGAACAGCCAGGAUCUGUAUCUGGAAAUGGGAAAUGAAAGCCAAGAAGAGGUGCUGGUAAAGUCUGGAGAUGAUUUAGAACACAGCUCGUUACAUCGCCCCAAAAAGUCCUUAACCAAAGAAAAAAAUUUGGAGCUGAGGCCAAAGAGUGGUGUGGAUGAGGACAACAACGAGGAUGUCUUUGUGCUUAGCUCCUGUACCAACUCAAGAAUAAGCAGUAAUGUCUCGGCUUCUUCAAACCAGAACCCUGCACCCAAGGCUAGCACUGAUAUUGAUGUCGCACACUGUGUGAAGUGCCUUCUCCAUACUGACGCUGAUCUGAUUGUGGCGCCCAUCAUUGACAACCCAAAGAUUGUUAAGAUGACUCCUGUGCGAUACGAUCCCAAAAUCCUUUGUGUACCAGCAUAUUCAGUUGAGAAGCUGCAGUCUCUGAGUGAUGAGGAGUGGACUGUCUUCUUGCUACAACUCUGUUCAUCCUUUGAACAUCAGAGCCUUUCCAACUGCUCCCCCUCCUCCAGUGCUCCUGCUCCAUCAACAGCCAUUCGAUCUAAACUCAACUUGCUGUGCUAUCUCUGCUGUGUAGUCGGACAUUCAGCUGUUGCUAACAGGCUGAUUAACUCCUCACUGCUUCCAGUUUUGACUCACCAAUUACGACAAGGCCCAAACUGGGAUGUGCGUAGCAGAGUUCUCAGGACGAUGGGUCUCCUGGCUCUACACUGCAACCACCUUGAAGAGGACUGUGCGGUUUCAGAGGCGGUGUCAUCACUAACAGAUUUACUGAGGGAUAAUUUCAGGAACAAUAAACUGAAGCAGCUGCUGCUGCCACCACUUGCGGAGUUCCUCUACCUCAUUUCUUCUCAGCAGGAGAAGAGAGGCUCCCCAGAGGGACUAUGGUUCGUUCCCGCUGCCGCCUACACUGGCUUAAUGAGGAGCCUGCGGGAAGGGCUGCUGUCUAUUAAACGGGCAGACAGUGGCUGCUCCCCCGUGAGCUCAUUAGUGAGCCAGUCCGCACAGCCUGGGGAAUGCUGGAACAGACCAUUCUGCUGCUUCCCGAAGGGGUGCCCGAAGAUUCAUUAUGCUAUCGUUCAAUGUGGUCCCUUGGAUGAUGCCAUCGUUCACCAUAUGGCUGCAAAAGCCAUAGAGAACAUCUCCACAGUUGUGUCGGAACCCUCUCAUCAUCUGGUUAGCACAGAGAUGGGCUCUGCCCUGUGGUAUCUGUUCACGCACUCCACUGUAGAGGCUGUCAGAGUCACCGCCAUCUCUUCUCUUUCCAGGUUAACCCGGGUGGACCCAGCAGUCUUCUUGGCAGUGAUUGACACCUGUGGCCCUGCAGCCAUCUUUGAGGGAGUAGGUGGUUCAGGGGCCAGAGGACAGCAGCACCUGCUCACUGCUGUGGCCACAGCCUUACUCGCUUCACACAUCCAAACACAUCGCAUCGCUCAAAGCCAGGAUUUGGUGUUGAAAGUGCUGCGCUGCCUUGAGAGCUCAUCCAUGGUAACGCGAGCCAAAGCGUUACUGCUACUGCUGCUGCUAAUCCAGGACAACGCACACACUCUGCUCUUCUGCUGCCAGCACAGACUUGUGAUGUAUCUGGAGAAAGAUAAGCGCAAAGCCACUCCUCUCAGAGAGAACACCAGCCAAUCAGGAUACCUGUCUCAGUGUUUGGAGCUACUGAUUGCACAUCUCAGUUCCACUGCUCCAGCAGUUAUGGAGGACGUCUUAUGCUCUCUGAGGAGUGUGAUUGGGAGGAGACACCCAUCUACAGCUCAGAGCAAACAGCUCAAACAGACUUUGCCAACUCUGUCUGUCAUCCUGGAACUUCUCUCUUCUCAGGUCUUCAGACCUCGAAUUGUAACCGAAGAGUUUCUAAAUCAAAUUGGACUCCUUCUUAACUGUGUAACCUCAGUAGAGUCCAGUCAAACUAAUUUGGCCAGUGCUGUGGGUGCAACAUUAUGUGAAGAGCUGAUUAGAACAACUCUGUCCCUGGUGGAGGUCCUGAGUCAGCAUCACGCUCUCAUCACUCCAUAUCAUCAAACUGUUGUGGAUGCUGUCCUGCCCCCUCUGACCACACUGGCUUUCAGCAGAAAUGUGGAGUGGUCAGUCUUUGUUUUGAAGGUAAUGUCUGAACUGAGCCUGGUCCUCCUAUUCCAAGACGGUGAUAAUAAUACUGAAAAGAACGAGGGAAUGACAAAGGCAAGGGGGCAGAGCGAUGAAAAAGAAAAUGGAAAAAGCUGCAGUCAAGUCUCAUCACUCUUCAAUAAAUGUCUGCUUUCAAGGUACGAGUCUCUUCUUUGUGCUGCAGAGCCAGUCCCGCUCUAUGCUCUCAAACUGCUGGUAUCGAUGACUGAACACAGCACUCAGAUCUGCAGGUGCAGAUACAAAUACGCCCGGGCGCAUUUUAACCACGGUGUGGAAUGUUUUAAUUUCAAGGCCAGUGCCUCCCAGUUCAGCUCUGUUGAUCAGACACAGCCGGAUCCUACCAGUAGUCUUUCAGCUCAUCAUGAUGAUGAAGUAGUUCGGUUUCAGAUGUUUAAGGACACGGAAUUCUGGCUGUUUGACCGCUUUAACUGA